AUGGAUGCCGAGUAUGUCCUGUGCAAUUGGAAAGGCCACUUUUGGCCAGCAAAGGUCUUGUCCAGGUCCAAGACCUCAGCAGGAAACAAGAGGGAAAGGGCCUUUCCUCUAGAAGUUCAAAUACUCUCAGUGGAUGAAAAUGUCAAAGUGAAAAGCACAGAUAUAAAGGCCCUAAACGAGUCUCAGAUUGAAUCCAUCACCUCCUCACUGGCAGCCCUGUCCAAGACCAGUGUCCCACCAGGAGAGGAGGUGGCUUACAGAAGCGCUCUGACGGCGGCACAGGAGCUUCUGAACCAGAGAGCAAAUCUGGGUCCUGUGAGGGCGUCGGGCGCUCCGGAGUCCACGACGUGGUCUCCAAGGGGACCGAAAAAGCGACCUCGUAAAAAGUAUCAGAAGCCCAGAAGGCACUUCCUGAGGAGUCCUAGGAAACGUGAGAACCCCAAAUCACCCUUGGUACGACGUUCCAAGAGGGAGGAUGCCCCUGACCAUGACAAACUUCAGGUGCACACUACCAUCGGCUGUAUUCCAAGGGAAAGGCAAACAGAGCCCUCAGGAAGCUCCAGCAUGUGCCCAAACUUCCCGCCCCUGCCAGAAGAUGACCACAAGAAAGAGGGCAGGGAGGAGAGUGACACCUCAAGAGUUAUGUCCUUGCCUUGCACAGUCAGGGAGGAGGGGACCGGUGCUGAAGGUGGAGGCGUCCUUCCAUCCCUGCCACCGGGUUUCCUUCCCACUGUGCGCAUGGCCCGGGAAGUCUUCUGUGCACAGGCCCUGGCUGUCUCCGCUGAAGGUGCUACCUUCUCCGGGACUGCUAAGGACCCUGGACAGGGCACCUGGAACCCAGGUUUGGAAGGCGAAGCAGCAGCCUCCAGCGGCCCUAAGCCCAGGCUGCGUUACUCACUCCGACUAGCAAGUAGAAAACGGAAGCUGCAGGUACCAGAGUUUGAGGGAGGGCUGCAAGAAUCUCAGCCUUCAGUGGACUCAGAGGCUAGUAGCCCCACCAGUGCCGCUGAGAAGGGUGUCGGCGAGGCCACGGGACAGCCGCCAAGCCUGGCUUCCCCACAGGAGCCGUCUCCCAUUGAAAGAGGAAUGAUGGUCUGGUUUAAAUUUCAGAAUCACCCCUUCUGGCCGGCUGUGGUAAAGAGUGUCAGCCAAACGGAGCAGACUGCCAGGGUGCUCCUGAUUGAGGCAAACAUGCACAGUGAGAGGAGCGGCAUCCGAGUUCCUCUUCGAAGACUGAAACACCUGGAUUGUAAAGGGAAGGAAAGGCUAGUGAAGAGAGCUGGGAAACUGUACGGGCAAGGUGUGAACUGGUGUUUCUCACUGAUUUCCCACUACCGAGAAGGGCUCGGUCGUGGGACUUUUGCUGGCUCUUUCCUGGACUAUUAUGCUGCGGACGUCAGCUACCCAAUGAGGAAAGCCAUCCAAGAGGGGGACCUGGAGAUUGAGUUCCCAAAGGUGAAUUAUGCCGACCUGGAAGAUUCCGAGGAGGAGACCUCCCUGGGCGGGAAGAGGCCCUGCAAGAAAAUCCUCCCUGACCGGAUGAGGGCCGCCUGGGACCGAGCCAACCAGAAGCUAGUGGACUUCAUCGUGAAAAGGAAGGGGGCCGACCACCAUCUUCUGGACAUUGUCAAAGGCAGGAAGCAGUCCCGCUGGCUGACAUCCUAUCUGAAUUCCAAUAGGUAUGUCAUCUGUGUCGAAACAUACCUGGAAGAUGAAGAUCAGUUGGAUGCAGUGGUGGGACACUUGCAAGAAAUCUACAAACAGGUCGACAAGAAGGUGCUGGCUCUGACACGAGAUGACAAAGUGAGUUUUGUCCUGGAAGUUCUUCUGCCAGAAGCAAUCAUCUGUUCACUUGCAGCACUGGAUGGAUUGGAUUACAAGGAGGCAGAAGCAAAGUACCUGCGAGGGCCACCUGUGCAUUACCGGGAAAAAGAGCUCUUUGAUGAAAACAUCUUAAAGGAAAUGAGAAGGAGGUCAGCGAGGAGGAGCAGGGUGAAGUAA